GGCACCACACGAAUGCCCGCGUUCGCCUCCUCAGUGCGUUGUCGAUCGUUCACGGCCGCGAGGGCGUACCGCUCCGAACGUAAACUCGUGUGUUCAACUAUCGCAAUCCGAAAUAUUGCCUCAAAUCUCACGGAAACUAGUGUUCUACUUCCGGUUUACUCGCCACCAAUCAUAAACUCAGUGUAGAUUCCUGCAUUACCAUCGUUGGAGGCUGUCGUCGCGUAAUUUCGGCACAUUCGCCGGUUUUUCUUCUCGCGUGUGCGCGAGAAUGGUUUUUGAGGUCAAACGAUUAAGAAGAGAGGCGAUUGACCCGCGUUACUCUCAAACUGAGUAGUAGACGAGCGUUUACUACGACUACGUCUGGAGAACAUUGUCAUUAAAACACUACCAGAAUCAGAAUGUGUGAAGAUGUGAAACGAGUGCGCGGUAAACUAAUGUGUUGUUAGAUGUGACUGAUAUCAUUUCUUCUUUACGCGCCGGAGGAAGGAAUUAGAAGAGGAUGGCUCUCAAGCAUGCGUUCAGUGCCAUCGUGGUGCUGACCAGCAUCGUCUGUUAUCACAACAGUUGCUACUGCGGCUUCGUCUUCGACGAUAUCAGCGCGAUUAAAGAUAAUCGCGAUCUCAGGCCACACACGCCGCUUGCCAACGUGUUCUAUAAUGAUUUUUGGGGUACACCCAUGCACAAGGAACAAAGCCACAAGAGUUAUCGACCGCUGUGCGUGCUGACGUUUCGUUGGAAUUAUUUAUUCUGGCAGCUGGAACCCAUGGGCUAUCAUCUUGUCAAUAUGUUACUGCAUUCUGUCGUCUGUUUGAUGUAUUUUAGGAUGUGUUCCAUGUUUCUCCCGGAGUUAUCGUGCUUCGUGACAGCAAUGCUGUUCGCAGUUCACCCCAUUCACACGGAGGCGGUCACUGGAGUUGUCGGCAGGGCCGAGACGCUUUCAUCUGUCUUUUUCCUCGCUGCGUUUAUGCUCUACAGUAAAGCAGCACAAAGUCGAAAAAUAACAGGUUGGCGGUAUCUGGUGCCGUCGAUGUUGUCCAUUGCCACCGCGAUGCUUUGCAAGGAGCAGGGCAUCACUGUCGCCGGCGUGUGCGCCGCCUACGAAAUAUUCGUUUCACAGAAGGUCAGAUUAACCGAAAUAAAAUUCAUCCUAAAAUCACUCCUCUCGUCGAAACCGUCGUACCAACUCCCCUGGUCGUCGACAGCGACGAAGAGAUUAAGCGUGUUAGGGUUGACCACAGUGUUGCUGCUGCUGGCGCGUCUGCAAAUCAUGGGAUCGCAGCUGCCGGUCUUCACGCGCUUCGACAAUCCUGCGUCGGUUUCGCCGACGCCGACGCGUCAGCUUACCUAUCACUAUCUUCUCAGCGUCAAUCUGUGGUUGCUGCUAUUCCCCUGCGACCUCUGCUGUGACUGGACCAUGGGUACGGUGCCAUUGGUGGAGAGUUUCUUAGACGCUCGCAAUCUCUCCACGCUCGGCGCGUAUGGAUCUCUUGGAAUUUUAGCCAUCGUUGGUCUCACCACACGGAAUCGUCAACAGAGUGCCAUCAUUUUAAUUAGCUUGGCAUUAUUAAUUCUGCCAUUCCUGCCUGCGUCGAACUUAUUCUUCCCGGUGGGUUUCGUCGUCGCUGAACGCAUCCUCUACAUGCCUUCCAUGGGUUUCUGUCUUUUGGUUGGUUAUGGUUGGACACUUCUACGCAGACAUGGAAAACGCCUCGCAUGGACAUGCUUCGCCGUUCUGCUGCUCUCCCAUGGUACUAAAACUUACCUACGGAAUUGGGACUGGGAGACGGAGUAUUCUAUCUUCAUGUCGGGUCUGCGAGUGAAUCAGAAAAACGCCAAGUUGUUCAAUAAUGUCGGGCACGCAUUAGAAGGUCAAACGCGUUAUGAUGAAGCACUUAAGUUUUUCCAGACUGCGGUGAACGUACAGCAAGACGACAUUGGUGCACAUAUUAACGUUGGUAGGACGUACAAUCAUCUGAAGAUGUUUAAGGAAGCCGAGGAAGCGUAUUUGAAGGCGAAGUCACUGCUUCCAAAGGCGAAACCCGGGGAGUCGUACCAGGCGAGAAUCGCACCCAAUCAUUUAAAUGUUUUCCUGAAUCUAGCGAAUUUAAUAUCGAAGAAUGUUACAAGGUUGGAAGAAGCGGAUAUGUUGUAUAGACAGGCCAUCAGUAUGCGUGCUGAUUAUACACAGGCAUACAUCAAUCGAGGGGAUAUUUUGAUCAAGUUAAAUCGCACCAAGGAGGCUCAGGAGGUUUAUGAGCGGGCGUUGCUCUACGACAGCAAUAAUCCCGAUAUCUACUAUAAUCUGGGCGUCGUGUUUUUGGAGCAGGGCAAAGCAUCACAGGCACUCGCCUAUCUCGACAAAGCGUUGGAGUUCGAUCCGGAGCACGAACAAGCGCUGCUCAACUCGGCCAUUCUGCUGCAGGAACUCGGUCGCGCCGAAUUGCGGAAAAUCGCCCGCGAGCGGCUGCUCAAGCUUUUAGCGAAAGACGAACGCAACGAGCGCGUACACUUCAAUCUUGGGAUGCUCGCGAUGGACGAUAAGAACAUUGAAGAAGCGGAACACUGGUUCAGACGCGCUGUUCAUCUCAAGAGCGACUUUCGAAGCGCGCUCUUUAAUCUCGCUCUGCUGAUGGCCGAUGACCAUCGACCGCUUGAGGCUGCGCCGUUUCUAAAUCAACUCGUCAAGUAUCAUCCCGAUCACAUCAAGGGCUUGAUUUUAUUAGGAGAUAUCUAUAUUAAUAGCAUUAAAGAUUUGGAUGCUGCGGAAAAUUGUUAUAGAAGAAUCCUAGAACUUGAUCCUGAAAACAUUCAAGGAUUGCACAAUCUCUGUGUGGUUCACGUUGAACGUGGCAAACUCCUGCAAGCUCAGACUUGUCUUGAAAAAUGUCACCAACUAGCGCCGGCUGAAGAUUACGUCUUGCGACAUCUGCAAAUCGUCCAAAACCGCAUUGCAAAAAUGAAACUUCCGCAGGACGGUCUGCUGACUGAAGAAGAAAUUAACGACGAAGAACAAUCCAAGGUAGUUUCGAAUAAAAGCAAAGAAACCGAGCGUAAAACUGAACCCGUUGUAAGCGGGGACUCUGAAGAACAACGUUACAGCAGUCGUGUGGUAAACACUGAACCUCUAUUCGUAAAAAAUGUCAACAACAUUGACUACCCUUACGUGGACGAUGAGGAAGAAGAUGAGGUACUUGCUUUUCACGAGGCGGAAGUGACGCAUCGGAGUAAUCAGAGCGGCAGCAGCUUUAACAAAGAGACGAUUACAAGGCGGGCAAGCACGACGACGACGCACAGAUACAGAGCGUCGUCGACUAUAGGUGCGGACGGGGAUGACCCUUCUUCAGGCAUGUCGUAGAAGGGAAUGAAUAGUUAAUUCCCGCGAUCUCAACUGGGCUUUAAUUUUUUAAUGUUUAAUAACGGAGUGAAAAGAAGCGGAGCUUUUAAAUCAAGUUGUGAGUGCGAAAACUUUGAAAGCGUAACGUUUUAACAAAAAUACGUGUUUUAAACAUGAGGUGAAUUCUCCCUAACUUAACUUGAUCUGAUGACUUGAUUGCAACUAAUCGAAGUAUAUUUCUAUUAUCUGGGGGAGGACUUUUAUACGCGCCAUUAGAUGUAGUGUACAUUCUGUGAUAUUCAGAAUUAUAUGUGAAGUAAUCAUCAAAAGAAGAUAAACAAACAUUCAUAAUUGCUUAUACAUAUUUUCUAAACAAACAAAGGUCUAUGUUUUUAUGUUAAAAAUAAACAAUGCAAUUCGUAUGCGUACAAAUUGACGACUCGCUUCAGUGUGUUUUAUUUGAAAUUUAGCAAUUUUGCAAAAAUAUUUGUUAGAUAAACGUGUUUCACAUCUAAAUAACACAACAAACUAUUAAUACCUUUCCGAUAUUGUUGUUACGCUUUUCUUGCCUACGCAAAGCAAAUUAAUAAUGUGCGGAUGUACAGGAAACGUUCGUUUAGCCGACUUCCGCUCGACUUUCCGUUGCUCGUGGUAUAUUUUAUUCAUUUGUGGUACACGCCCGCCGCCUUCGACAUUGCAGUUUUGUUUCGCACAAAAAUCGGCGUGUUCUUCUUGCUUAUUCUCUAAACUAGUCGCUCGAGAAAUGAAAAAUAUAUUGCGACAACACGCCGCGCACAUAAAUCACGAUUGUCUCGACUUCUUCGAAAUGAACAAAAAAGCAGCACGGCAGAAAAGAAAAUCGCGACAAGAAAAAAACGAGAAAUUGCUGGUUGCGUGCAUGACCAAACGCAAAACAGAGCAAAUUAAUAAAUUAUUCACCGGGUUUUCUUUUCGCUUUGUGUGUUUACCGGUUACGUCGUUACACGGCCUGUUCGUUUAAGGCUAUUGUUCCUUCAAAGAUGGAAAGCACCAAGUUGAUUAAGUUAUUUUUUGUAAAGAAUUUCAAAGCUGUCUUUUACACGACAUGUAAGAAUAGCGCAAUUAUAUAUUAAUUUGGCGUAUUGUGGGCAUGGGCACACCUAAGAUUAGGUUGUUGAUAUUAUCAGGUCGCGACAUUGUCCCAAAUAAAUUAUUUUUUUCUUUUUCUCCUUCGCAAAAAGAGAAUAAAACUUUCCGUUUCAAAUUUCCACGUCUUUGUAUUAUCUUGACAUAAAAUUUAGACAAUAAAUUUCUUUAUUAUUGCAUAACUUGUGCGAAAAUGUAUAAAAAUGUCCAGAAAUAGAUUUAUGUCGGAUUUAUCAGCAAAACUUGUGUAAAAUAUCAAUGCGAUGCCAAAAUUAUAUUCAGCUGUUUAUUGAAACUGAACAAGAUCAACAACAUACGAAAACCACUAAAUAUUAUGAACAAUUUGUAAAAAUGAUUACUUGUAUAAAGAGGUGCCUUGGAAAAACAAAAAUUAAAUUAAAUGAAACACGCGUAAAAUCACGAUUAUACAAACACACGUUCGUAUGGAAAACAGAAACAUUGCAAACUAGUUGAAAGUCGUUGGAAUACUUCUUGAAAAACUCAACAGCGUUCGUUUUUCGCCUUCGGAUAAAUACUUUUAAAGUAAAUUUUAAAGUUUGAAACUUUUCCCAAAUAAAAAUACGACAUACCUACUUGGUUUCUUUGUACGUACUUAAAAGAGAGCAAAAAAUGUUAAGAGAAACCUUUGAAGCAAAUUAUCGUACGCAAAGUUCAAGAACUUGAAAUGAAAAAAAAGCAAAAAAGAAACACAGAAAGAAAAAAAACUAAAUAAUGACUAAUUAAUAUUUAAGGGAUAGGAAACACUGAAUGAAUGAAUAUUUUUCUAUGUUGUCAAACUGUUCAUAUAUAAAUAUAUUAUAAAACAAAUAAAUAUAUGAAUUAUAGACCUAUAAUAUUGAUAUAAUUAAGCAUAGACAAAGGUAUAGGUGUAAAAACGAUAUAUAAGAGGAAAAACACGACAAAACCAUGUGAAAGUACUUAAAAGACAAAAACCAUAACAUAACAGAUAUAUAAAUGUUUUUGUUAAGAAACCAAUUGUUUUAAACUUCGAAUUUUGUAUUUAGCGUUUCAUUUUCGAUUGGUUAACAAUGUAAAAUACAUUUUUACUGUCGGUGAGAGCGGAAAUGAUAAGGGACUGAAAAAUACUGUAAUGUACAUAAUGACACGUGAAAUUUCAGAGCGAAAUUGAACGCUCUAUAAAUUAUUUUCUUUUUAUAAAAAACGUGAACACUUAAUCGUAAACGUACUCUGCCCAUGAUUGUGUGUAGAAGUGACCCGAUUAUAAACCAAAACUUGAAUGUUAAUUAAUGUUACUUACAUAUAUAUUUAAUAAUAAAUGACAAGAUUCAAACCAGUAA